UUUAUAUCCAGGUCAUACCCGGCUUCUUCCUUAUUGUUUAUUCCUGCCAGUUGAAGAGACAGCAAGUUUUUGACCAUGUCUGGAAGAGGCAAAACCGGAGCUAAGGCACGCGCCAAGGCUAAGACCCGCAGCUCUCGCGCCGGGCUCCAGUUCCCUGUUGGCCGUGUCCAUCGUCUCCUCCGCAAGGGAAACUACGCCGAGAGAGUGGGUGCCGGAGCCCCUGUCUACCUCGCCGCCGUCCUCGAGUACCUCACUGCUGAAAUCUUGGAGCUGGCUGGCAACGCCGCCAGAGACAACAAGAAGACCCGCAUCAUCCCCCGACACCUCCAGCUGGCUGUCCGCAACGACGAGGAGCUCAACAAACUGCUCGGCGGCGUGACCAUCGCCCAGGGAGGCGUGCUGCCCAACAUCCAGGCCGUCCUGCUGCCCAAGAAGACCGGCCAGUCGGCACCGAGCUCCGCGAAAGCGGGAAAGAAGGCCUCCUCUCAGUCUCAAGAGUACUAGCUAGCUGGCUAAUGACUACACAACCAAAGGCCCUUUUAAGGGCCACUCACCGACUCAUGAGAGCAACUUUUCUGUUGACCUCUGUCUUGCCUCACACGAUUUAUUUUGUCUAUUUAAUAAAGGCAUUUUUUUUUCUAA